ACUUUAAAAAAUUGAUAAUUCUUUAGAGAAGUAGAAAUAAAAAACUAUUUAUCUCAGUUUAUUCUCACAUUUGGGUUCUUGCAAACCCCUCUUUCUCUCUCACACGCGAGCGCGCGAACACACACACACACACAGUUCUCGUAGUUUGUGGUAAUGAAUACAACUUUCUGUAACUUGGGUGAUUUAGGUGUUUUUUUUCCUCUUUUUUUUGAUCAGUAGUUUUUUUCCUCUUUUGUGGGAGAGUUGAAUAUGAACUUCUGAAGUCCUUCUAAAGUUCUGUUUUUGAAGUUGAAACCAUCAGCAUAAGCACCGGAGAUAUAGAGUUGCAAAUUUCUGUACGCUUUCUUUAUUUGUCCAUCUUCGUUCAUGUUUCAUAAUGAUAUUGUCGACGGGGUUGUUCUUUCUCCUGUUCUUCAUUAAAUAUAUUUUUUUUGAUAAGUUUCUUCAUUAAAUAUGUUCUGUUAUGGUGUAGCCAUAUCAAACCGUAACGAAUGUGGCUUUUCUACUUACAUGGCAAUACAGUAAAUGAAAAUGGGUACAUUGGCGGUAGAUGAUUUGCCAUUUUUCUAAACCAUUACCAUUGAUGGCCACAUGCAGUUUUAAACUUCACUCUUUAAACCUACAUUCUAGGAUUCCUUUUUUGAUUUGAUCUGUUUUAAACCUCUAAUUUAUUGGUGGAUAGCUUGUGGGAAUCUUUGUUAUGCUUUGGAAAUUGUUGCAAAAAGUUAUUAGUGUGGAUUCACAAUUCUCAAUUCAAAUGGGGAAUAACUGCAAAGAGAUGAUCCUUCUGGUUGUAGAAGCUUGGUUCUUGCCUUCUUGGUGGCCUACCUACGAUAAUUGGGAAGAUGACAAAAGGAAAAAUCUGUCUUCUUUGUAGGUACUUUUAUGAUCAGCACCAUUAUUGCAACAAUUUUAUGAAUUAUAUCCACUACUGAAUGUAUUCCCCAGGAAACCUUCUGAUUUAUUGUAUGAGCUGCUAUUGGCUUUGCUCUCAGAAUAGCCACUGGGGAGUUAGUAGUGGCUGUGGAAAGAAUGGCUUCUGUAUUGUUUGUGCUAAAUGCAGAAGCUAUGGCUUUUAAGAAGAGGCUUGUUGGGGCUCUUGGUUGUGGAGCCUUGGACCUUAUUGCUGAAUCAGUCAGAUUCUCAGGAGCUUAUUACUGCCAUCAACAUCUCUUCCAUGGCAAAUGACAAGGAAUGUGAAGAAUUGAUUGCCAAAGGAAUAUCUGGCACUGGGAAGGGGUUUGAUCUUCCUGGGAGACAAUUGGGUGGUUUUUCCCGUCAACCCCCUUUGUCAUCUCUUCGCCAAACUGCACUGGCUGCAGCAGAAAAGCGAGCACGCCUUGGAUCUUUGUUACCAUCUGGACCUAAGCGCCUUGGUGGUGAUAGUAAAAUUAUGGUUGCACUUAGUCCAGUACAAGCUGCUGCAAUGGCUGCAGAAAGGAGAUUACAGGAUGAGCUGUGGUGUGGAUCGGACUCUUGUGGAGCUUCUGUUGAAGAAAGUGACAUUGAUGCACCAAAAUGUGCAUCUAGGGACCAGCCUGCUGAAAACUCAAAAUCUUUUAAUGUUUCUGGGAGGCAUGCUUCAGAUCUGAUAUCUAGGAAAAGACAGCGGGUAUCAGAUGGUGAAUCAUAUUUUGAGGCAUCUAAUGCAGGGCCGGAAUCUAAUUUUGUGGAUUUAUCUGAUUGUGCUUCAACUUCGGGAUCCAGGCUUAAUCAUGAUGUAACAAAUAGUGCAGAGAAUGAAGAUAUUUGGGAGUGUGGAACAUGCACAUUGUUCAACCCUCCGUUAGCUCCAGUAUGCAAAGCUUGUGGUAGCCAAAAGCCUAAAGAUGUUGAAACCAAGUUCAAGAUCUGGUCAUGCAAAUUUUGUACUCUAGAAAACAGCGUGAAGCUGCAGAGAUGCUCAGCUUGUGGAGAAUGGAGAUAUUCAUAUGGACCACCAGUUUCUACACCUGCACCUAACCUUGGCACAUGAGAUUUGUAAUUGGGAAACGCAUGAAACUAGACAGUUCUAAGUUGUUCCUUGGAGUGCUUCAGAGUUAGAUACCAUGCAUCUUUGAAGAUAUCGGCGGCAAAUAUUUUCUUGAACGCAGGUUACUGGUGUUGCCCUAGAAAUAGAACCAAGCUUAUUUUUACACUGGUCAUACAUUGAUCCUUGCUACCUUGACCUUUCGAUUUUCUUCUUGGUUGUAAAUCGUUUUGCUUAACUCAUGGUAAAGCCAUAUUAUUCUAAAUACCAACAUAGGUCAUGGUGAAGCUAUUUCUAGAAAACAAAUGUUUUUUUUGUAUAAUUAUGUGUAUCACAAUUU